AUGAAUAAAAGAUAUAUUACGAUUACUUUGGCACUUUUAAGUCUUGCAGGAUAUAUGCAAAAUGUAGCACUUGAAAUCGAAACUGAUGCAGAUAGUGCUAAGAAUUCUACACCCCUUCCCCAAAAAGUUGAUAUACUUGAGAAAUACAAAGACAAAGUAUGUGAAGACUUUGAAGAAAUUUCAAUGGCAGUAAAGCAUGCAAACGAAACUGCAAAACUUUUACUAAAACUUUCUGAGACUAGUAUAGACAAUUAUUCCCCCUAUUUUACACAAAAUAAAAACAAAAUUAUAUACUCUAAGAAAUUUGGAAAUAUAGAUCUUGGAAGAUUUCAUUUUACGAUUCCGUCUCCCUCUAAGUACUCUGAUGUAAUAGAGAAGCUCUGGGAUUUCGAUGGUACCCAAAAAUCAGAUCCCAAGUUUAUUAAUGGACAUCUUACUCGUGUAUACGCCCCAUUUUUAAUCAUGAUGGAACAAUCUAACAUAAAUCAAGAAAAUAGUUCCUUCAGAAAAAAACUAGCUUUAGCCGCAAAAGUUAAACAAUCAAAUGAUACAACUGUAAUUGUAUGUCCUUCAAGAAUUCUAAAUUAUCUCGGUGAAAUUGAUCAAAAAACUAAUUUGAUAGAAAUUUUCGAAGAUACAAGAUCAAUCGAAACUGGCAUUAGUCCUGAGGGAGCAUUAAUCAAAUUACGUGCUAACAUAGCUGGAUAUGUGAUUAAGCAAAAAAACGAUAGCGUUCAUGUUACUUAUAUCAAUUCUAUUUAUGAUGAUCCCCGUUAUACCGAAUCUAUCUACGAUAGAAGGAAUAGAGGUAUGACAUAUUCAAAUCUUCUAGCCUUAUAA